UUUGUGUCAUUGACAGUCUGACUGUCAUGGUGGAAGUAUUUAAAUGAAUUGAGUAAUACGUAGCUCAAGUAAUAAGAAACGUUAUUGGUUCGUUAGAGAAUCUCUUUUAACAUUUAGAAGUAUUUGGUGAUCUACUACAACGUUUAAAUAAUGUGUAGAUGAAUUGGAAGAAAUCAAUGGGAGACAAAAGUACUAUGUCUUCCUCUGCACAUUCACCAGGUAGAGAGAAAGGCGACAAACGUCGUACUGUCACGGAUUCAGUUCAUGAGAGGUUUCGACAAUCCUUGAUUUAUUGUAAAAUCUGUCAAGUACAACUUCCUGCUAACAAUGAGGCAAUACAGAAACAUUUUGGAAUAUCUCAUCCAUCCAAUAAGUUUUGCCAAUACUGUAAAAAAAAGGUUUAUUUAUAUUACACAAUUGAUGAUGAUAAUAAUUGCAAAACUCGAGAAUAUGUCUACCAUAGAUGUCAUCAUUGAGCUAGUCUACAAAAUGUAAUUAGAAGACUGAGCCAGUUCGAUAUGUUGAUCAUUUUCAGAUUAUGAACAAUUAGAUCUGUUGGAUUAAUACCAAUUACCAUGACAUUGGUCAUAUAGAUCAAUACCUUUUUAAUAGAUAAAUUUUAAUUUCUAUGUUAUAAAUGAAAUCUCAAAUUAUAUCAAUUCUUUACGACAAAAAUAUUGCACUCUCUGAUUGUAGUUUUAAUUGAAAAAAAUUAAGUAAAAUAUCAGAAGUGUAAUAUAUGUAUAUCAUAAAACGAUGCAACUGAUUAAUAACUUAUACAUUUAUUACACCUGUAUCAGGCAAUCAAAUUCAAUAAUACUCAAAUAUCCUUAACAGUUAUUUAUUGCGUAAAUAAACAUAUUGUACGCAUAAAAGCGCUCGAAUAAUUAAUGGCAAUUUAUACAAACAGUACCUUAUAUUAGUUUAUACUGGAGAGAAAUUUCGUAUCGCAAAUAUAAAUCUAGUCGUGUCAAAAAGUCUCGAUGCCGAGUAAUAAUAAUAUUCAUUGUAUUGUUAUUCAAUGAGUCUGAUAAUGAAAAGCUUGCAAUAUAUCCAUUUAACUAGGUGCGUUUGAAAGUAUACUAAAAAUUAUUAUACUGACUAGUUUCAAACUGCAGCGAACAAUUAUAUAAAGACCUAGCUGCUCACUAUCAAACAUAUUUAUAAAUCGUAACAGAAUC